GUUCAGUGACCUCAUACUAGCGCGCCGCGCCGCUCGCAAGACAAGAUGGCCGAUUGCAACCACGUCGUCUUCCCGCGUAAACUAUUAAAAAAAUUCAUCCUACUCUACAAAGAGCUAUCUUGUUUAUGGGACAGGAAAUGUUUAUUGUACAAAAACAGGAAGAAAAGACACGAGGGUAUAACAAAAUUGACGGAAUUGGUGCAGGAAUACGAGCCAACGGCGACUAGAGUGCACGUUUUGAGGAAGAUAGAGAGUUUGCGCGCUUGCAUGAGGCGCGAACACAAGAAGGUGCAAGACAGUCGCAUGCAGGCGAGCAGUCUUGAAGAAGUGUAUACACCGCAUCUAUGGUAUUACGAUUUGUUGUCGUUCGUCGUUGGUGUAGACGGGAAUUAUGAGAAACAACAGUCUCCGGAACCGGAGCUAGAUGAAGAUGGGGAAGAACAAGAUCUAGAGGACUCGUACGACGACUCGCAAGGCUACCAGCACUACAGUAGCAGUCAGCCUAUGGUGGAAGUGGCAGGUACUCCUAUGCAGAAGCAGUACAUGGGCUUUGAUGACGACAAGUCCAAGAGACAUUGCACGGAGGUCGACGAUGAAUAUGAUGCGAUUGGUAUAAACGUCGCAGCGAAACUACGAGCUCUGGCGCCGAACGUUAGAAUAAUGGCCGAGAAACUAAUAAAUGACGUACUGUACCAAGCACAGAUGAACGCCCUUACCUCUUCCACCACUAUAUGCGCUGCGGAUCCCUUCAAACAAGAUAUGCUUUGAGUAAAUAAAGAGCAAAAUUAGCGAUAA